AUGAUAUUAAGUGCGUUCGAAAUAUUCAGGCGAAGUCAAUUCCCUUCUUUUUUUCUCUUCAUUCUUUCUUUUCUUUCUUUCCUCUUCCUUUCUUCUCACUCGUUUCUCUUUCUUUUACUCUACAUUUCUCUUUCAUUUUUUUUCCUGCAUUUCUCUUUCUAUUUCUUUCCUUCAUUUCGCUUCGUAUCUCUUUCCCUUCAUUUUUCGUCCUAUCUUUUUUUCAUUUCAUUUCUCUUCCCAUCUUGUUUCAUUUCAUGUCUCUCCCUAACUUUUUCUUUUUAUUUCAUUUCUCUUUCUAUCUCUUUAUAUCUCUUUAACAUCAUUUAUCUUCCUUUCUCUUUAACAUCAUUUAUCUUCCUUUCUCUUUCACAUCAUUUAUCUUCCUAUCACUUUCAUUUCAUUUCUCUGUCUAUCUCUGCUAUUUCAUUUCUCUCCCUAUCUGUUUCCCUUCAUUUCUGUUACAAUAUUUUUCCUUUAUUUUCUCUUCCUACCUCUUUCUCUUUAUAUAUAUAUAUAUCACUUCCGCUCUCUUUCAUUUCAUUUUUCUUCCUAUCUCUUCCCCUUCAUUUUCCUUCCCAUUUCUCUCUCUUCAAUUCUCUUUCUCUUCAAUUCUCAUCUUAUCUCUCUCUCUUCAUUUCUCUUACUAUCUCUUUCAUUUCAUUUCUCUUUCUAUCUCCUUCGUUUCAUUUUUCUUCCUGUCUUUUUUUAUUUCAUUUCUCUUCGUAUCUUUUUCAUUUCAUUUCACUUCUCUUUCUAUCUCUUUCCCAUCGUUUCUCUUCAUACCUCUUUCUCUCUACAUCUCUUUCUCUUCAUUCCUCUUGCUUUCUCUUCCACUUCAUUACUUUUCCUAUCUCUUUCAUUUCGUUUCAAUUUCCUAUCCCCUUCCUUUCAUAUCUCUAUCCCUCCAUUUCUCUUUCUAUGCCUUUCACUUCAUUUCUCUUACUAUCACUUUCUCUUCUUUUCUUUUUUUUUCUUCUUUCUCCCUUCUUUCUUUUCUAA